AUGGAUGCCCUCAUUUGGAAUAUCAGAUCUGUUAAUACUCAUCAAGCCUUUGAAAGGCUGAUCAAAAUGCACAGGAAGAAUCAUUAUGAGUUCAUAGGCUUGAUGGAACCAAUGCAGCAAGCUAAAACCUUAGAGACAUACAGAAGCAGAAUAGGAUUUGCACAGGCCAUGGCCAAUGUCUCAAAUAAGAUCUGGGUGUUUCUUGAUGAAGUAUUUGAUGUAACUGUGAUGUAUAACAUGGUGCAGCAACUGACCCUAAGGCUGCAUCACUCUGAGACUCAUGUGGAGUUUGUUCUUACAUUGGUUUAUGCCAAAUGUGAUGCCAUAGAGAGAAUAGAACUAUGGGACUCCUUAUACUCCAUGGCAGCUGAUAUGGAUGUGCCUUGGUUAGUAGGAGGUGAUUUCAAUGUCAUUUUGGAUGAAGAGGAAAAGUUUGGAGGUCUUCCUGUUCAUAUAAAUGAGAUAGAUGACUUCAGGCAUUGCAUAAAUACUUGCAACUUGGUGGAUCUGGGCUUCAAGGGGAGCAUUUAUACAUGGUGGAAUGGAAGGGCAGAAGAGGACUGCAUUUUUGAAAGGAUUGACAGAUGUGUGGCCAACUCAGAAUUCCAGGAUACCUUCCCAGGGAUAGAAGUGCAGCACCUGCCUAAAAUUGGUUCAGACCAUAGCCCUAUGCAAAUUAAGUGUGACAUUGAAGCUCCACCAGUUAUAAAGCCUUUUAGAUUUCUCAAUUUCUGGGUGGAACAUGCCUCCUUCAAAGAAAUAGUAAAGGAGCAUUGGACAGCUGACUUUAGUGCCAAUCCCUACACCAUCUUUAACCACAAGCUGAAGAAACUGAAAAAGGCCCUAUCUGUGUGGAGUAAGCAGACUUUUGGGGACAUCUUUCAAAAGAUAGCCAGCCUGGAGGAAGUUGUACUAGUUCAUGAAGCUGAAUUUGAAGCAAAUCCCACAAAGUUAAACAUGCAUAGACUGCAAAAGGUGAAUGCAGAACUCAUUAAGGUACUUGCUUUGGAAGAAAAAUAUUGGAAACAAAAGGCAGAGAUGUCUUGGUUCAAGGAUGGAGAUAGGAAUACUAAAUUCUUUCACGCUCAAGUGCGGUGUAGGAGGAAAAAACUCCAGCUAAAUAGAAUACAGAACAAGCAAGGAGUGUGGAUUGAAGAGGAUGAAGAAAUUGCAGCAGAGGCAAUACAGUUCUUUACAGAUCAAUUUAGGGAGAGUGCAGCUUCUACAUCCUUUCAAAUCAUUGAUAAUGUGCCUGUAUUACUGGAUAUGGAUCAAAAUGAAGAACUAAUAAAGCAACCUACAAUCGAGGAGGUAAAGGCAGCUGUGUUUGGAUUGAAUGGGGACAGUGCAGGAAGUCCUGAUGGAUAUACGGGCAAAUUUUAUCAGUCAUGCUGGGAAAUCAUAGGAGGUGAUGUGUUUGACAUGGUUCGAGCAUUCUUUAAUGGACAUGACUUGCCCAAGUGUGUGACUCAUACAAAUCUGGUACUACUGCCAAAGAAGAAAGAGGUGUGCACGUUUUCUGAUCUCAGGCCCAUAAGCCUUAGUAACUUCUCAAACAAGGUGAUCUCUAGAGUUAUACAUGAGAGGCUGGUGGACCUGCUACCUAACUUAAUUUCAGAAGAGCAGUCAGGGUUUGUCAAAGGGAGGAGUAUAGUGGAAAACAUCCUACUAACUCAAGAGAUAGUGACUGAUAUGAGACUUAGAACUAAGGCGGGACCUAAUGUUAUAUUGAAGCUUGAUAUGACUAAGGCAUACGACAGACUUUCGUGGCUAUUCCUGACCAAGGUGUUGAGAAAAAUGGGAUUCUCAGAGAGAUUUAUAGGUAUGGUAUAUGGCAUAGUUUCUAACAACUGGUACUCGGUGUUAAUUAAUGGACAAGCCCAUGGUUUUUUUAAAUCGUCGAGGGGAGUAAAGCAAGGGGACCCUUUGUCUCCUACACUGUUUAUAUUGGCAGCAGAAGCACUCUCAAGAAGUCUUAAUGCUCUACAUUCGAACCUAUAUUUCUGUGGGUAUGGUUUGCCAAAAUGGAGCCCAAAGAUUAAUCAUCUUGCGUACGCAGAUGAUACGAUCAUUUUUUCUUCAUCAGAUGAAACUUCACUCAGACUGAUCAUGGAGGUACUAGCAGCGUAUGAAUCAGCUUCAGGGCAGCUGGUAAAUAAAUCAAAAUCAGCUGUGUACAUACACAACCUGGUGAGCUCAGAAGUAGCAGACAAAGUCGAAAGGAUCACAGGGAUGAAGAGGCAAGAUUUUCCAAUCAUCUACCUGGGAUGCCCUAUAUUUUACUCAAGGAGAAAAAUGGAGUAUUAUCAGCCCAUGAUUACAAAAAUUCUGGACAAACUACAAUCGUGGAAGGGUAAAUUAUUGACCAUAGGUGGAAGGGCUGUACUCAUCUCACAUGUGCUUCAAAGUAUGCCAAUGCAUUUGCUUUCAGCUGUCAAUCCACCAAACUAUGUGAUCACUAGACUGCACAAGAUUUUUGCCCAGUUUUUUUGGAGUAGCUCAGUCACAGGAAGCAGCAGGCACUGGGCAUCGUGGUCAUCUUUAUGUAUGCCUAAGGAGGAAGGAGGUAUUGGGUUUAGGUCACUAUUUGAUGUGUCAAAAGCUUUGUUUUGUAAGCUUUGGUGGAACUACAGAACCAAGCCCAGUUUAUGGAGCUCAUUCAUGAGCCAGAAAUAUUGCAAAAAACAAAACUCAGUAGUGGUGCCAUGGAGGGAUGGUUCUCAUGUAUGGAGAAAGAUGUUGGAAUGUAGGGAACUAACUGAGCAUCAAAUAUUGUGGAGUCCAAAAAUGGGAUCAUCAUUGUUUUGGUACGAUAAUUGGACAGGGCUGGGGGCUUUGUAUUUUCUAGUUCCACAAGCUUUUGUGAUUGAUGAAUCAGUCCAUAAUGUAUGGGAGGUGAUAGAAUAUGGAGAAUGGGAUGCUGACAAGCUGUAUGAAUUACUCCCUGAAGAGUUUGCAGAGCAUAUAAUUCAGAACAUACAGCCUCCUGUGGCAAAUAGCUUAGAUGAGCCAUGUUGGAUGCUGGAAGCUAGAGGAUUCUUCAGUGUAAAAAUAGCUUGGGAGUAUGUGAGGAGAAGGGCAGAACCAAGGACAGCAUAUACUAGGAUAUGGGUGAAAGGGCUGCCAUUUAAGAUUGCCUUUUUCAUGUGGAAAGUUUGGAGGAACAAGCUGCCUCUCGAUGAUUUCUUCAAAAGAUUAGGAUACCAAAUGGCUUCUAGGUGCUGGUGUUGUGCACAACCAUGUGAGGAAACCAUGGCACAUUUAUUCUUCACUGCAUAUGCAGCAAACAAGGUGUGGAAGUACUACUUGGGACACGCAGGAAUCUCCAUCACUGGCAUCACAUUUCACCAAGCUAUAGUCAGGUGUUGGACAGCAAAUGUACUGCCCAGAUUAAAGCCCAUAAUGCAAGCAUUACCUUCAGUGAUUAUAUGGGAACUAUGGAAAAGGAGAAACAGUUAUAACCAUGAAGAUGUAGUCACCAUCAAUAGGGUUGUGUAUCAAAUCUCUAAUACACUACAAUCCCUCAUAAAGCUAAGAAAGCCAGGGAUUCGACAGGUUCCACACAGAUGGCCAGAGAUGAUUAAGAUGUUGGAACAAUACACUCCAAAGCUAAAAUACACAAGGGUCCUAUGGGAGUGUCCAGCUAGUGGAUGGAUCAAGGUAAACACAGAUGGUGCUUCGAGGGGCAAUCCUGGUAGAAGUGCAAUUGGCUUUGUAUUGAGAAAUGAGGAUGGAGAUGUGGUAUAUGCAUGUGGAAAGGAAAUUCAAGAGGGAACUAACACUACUGCAGAAGCAAAAGCCAUCAGUGAGGCAUUGAAAUUUUGUCUGCAGCAGGGCCAUGUUUUAAUUGAGCUACACACAGACUCGUUACUUCUGAAAAAGGCAAUAGUAGGAGAAUGGAAACCCCCAUGGUGUAUUGCUACAGAGGUAGAAGUAAUAACAAACCUAAUGAGCAGAGCAAAUGUUAGGGUAUCUCACACUCUAAGGGAAGGCAAUAAAUUAGCUGAUCACUUAGCUAAUUAUGCACUAGAUGUCGGGCAAAUAGAGUGUAAUAGCUUUGAGGAACUAGAUAUACAAGGGAGGAAACUAGUGAAUUCAGACAAGAUGCAAUGGAACACCUCUAUGGUCUGCAUACCAAUUGAAAUCCAUAUGGUGGUAUUAGUGCAUUGCACUCAACCCAUAGGAAAGACAUUGGAGGCAGCACUCAUGGAGGUAUUGAGGAAGAGGCUGAAGAUUACAAAUGGGGGCAGAUGCAGCAUAGAUGGGAAGGCUCACAGCUUACAGGAUGCACAAGAUCACAGAAUAUGUAAGACAAUUGGACCAGCUGAGCCUAAAAACAGAAGACUGCCCAGAAUGUAUAAGAGAAGUGGGCUAACCUCACUCCAGUCGACAAAGAUAUCAGUUUCAGUCGAAUCUUGGGACCUGCUAAUGAUGAAAUCCACACAACACUGGAGAAGACAAGAAGUCAAGACUAAGCAAACAUUCAGAAUCUAUAGGCAUCCAAAGAGGACACUUGAGGAGACCAAGUGGAUGAAACUUUGGGAAUCUAUAGGAAAGGAAGUUCAGCAGCAGGAGAUGCAUACAGGAAGUCAGGCAAACACAAUAGCAAGACAAUCAGUCAAGGGGUAUGCCAUUACAAAUUGGAGUGAGUCAGAUGAGGGUGAGGUUAAAGGAUACAGGGAGCCAGGCAGGUUUGGUGUACAAGGGUCGCAAGAGACAAUAACAAGAAGCCAUGAGCAGGACCAGGAAAAGGAAGAAAAAUGCAGAAUCAUGGAGCAACAAGAGGAUAGUGGCUGCAUUAUUUUUGGAAGCAUGGAGAAAGGUUGGAUAAAGAAAACAAAAUGGGGAUUCAUGAGCAAGUUAAAAAGAGUUAGGAUAGGAAAUCAGAGGAGAGGAGGUGUGGAAUCAAUGUAUGAGACAGGGGUUUUAGUGAAGGAGAUGGGCUGUAGCUAUAGUCAAUACCAUCGAAGCCAUCAGGAGGAGGAACAGUUAUUGUACUCAUGUCUUGCCCCCCAAUAUGACUUCAAAGGGUGGUAUUAG